ACAGUCGACAACAAGACCAGAAUAAUCCGGUGGAAAAAAAAACACUUUCUUCGCCACCACACACGUUUUUUUUGUCGCUGUCAACAGCAUCAGCGUCCCCGCCACCUACCGAUCAUCAUCCUCAUCCUCGCGCCAAACCAAAACCUACGUGUCACUCGUCGUCAAGCUCUCCACGAUUUUGCAACGUUUUUUUGAGCUCAAAAGAUUGGUUGAUUGAUUGCUUUGGUUGUUGGUUGGGUAGAGUCGUCGCCGGAGUUCAUGGGGGCUGAGGCGAAGGCGCCGCUGCUGGAGGGGAGGAGGGGCGCGACGCCGGCGCAGACGCUGGGCAACAUCGUCGUCUCCAUCGUCGGCACCGGCGUGCUCGGCCUCCCCUACGCCUUCCGCACCUCCGGCUGGCUCGCCGGAGCUCUCGGCGUCGCCGGCGCCGGCGCCGCCACCUUCUACUGCAUGCUCCUCCUUCUGGAUUGCAGAGACAAGCUACGGGAGCAAGAAGAGGUGGAUCACGACGGCAACUACACCUAUGGCGACCUCGGCGAGAAAUGCUUCGGCGCCAUUGGGAGAUACUUCACCGAGGUCACCAUCAUCCUCUCCCAGACCGGCGGCUCCGUCGCCUACCUCGUCUUCAUCGGCCAGAACAUCUGCUCCGUCUUCCCCACCACCGCCGCCGGCGGCGAGGAGCCGCCGCGUCGCGUGUCGCCGGCAGCCGUCGUCCUCGCCGUGCUCCUGCCGGCCGAGGCGGCGCUCUCCUUCAUCCGCUCGCUGUCGUCGCUGGCGCCGUUCAGCAUCCUCGCCGACGCGUGCACCGUCCUCGCCGUGGCCACCGUCGUCAGGGAGGACGUCCAGCUCCUCGCCGGCCGCGGCGGGAGCCCAUUCCAGGGGCGGAGCGCCCUCGCGGGGCUCUGGGGCGUCCCGUUCGCCUGCGGCGUCGCCGUGUUCUGCUUCGAGGGGUUCUGCCUGACGCUGGCGCUGGAGGCGUCCAUGUCCGACCGGAGGAGGUUCCGCCCCGUGCUCCUCCACGCCAUCGCCGGCGUCACCGCCGUCUACGUCUGCUUCGGCGUCUGCGGCUACCUCGCCUACGGCGACGUCACCAGAGACAUCGUCACUCUCAAUCUCCCCAACAACUGGUCCACCGCCGCCGUCAAGAUCGUGCUGUGCGUCGCGCUGGCGCUCACGUUCCCGGUGAUGAUGCACCCGAUCCACGAGAUCGUGGAGGCGCGGCUGUUCCCGUCGGCGGGCGGGUGGGCGCGGAAGCGCGCGGCGGUGCAGGCGAGCCGCGUGGCGGUGGUGGGCGCGGUGACGGCGGUGGCGUGCUUCGUGCCGGCGUUCGGGGAGUUCGCGGCGUUCGUGGGGAGCACGGUGUGUGCGCUGCUCUCCUUCGUGCUCCCGGCGCUGUUCCACCUCCGCCUCGUCGGAGCGGCGGCGAGCGCGUGGCGGCGCGCGGUGGACGGCGGCUUCUUGCUCCUUGGGCUGGCCUUCGCGGCCCAUGGGCUUUACACGGUUGUCUCGGGCCUCUGAACUGGGCCGUAAUGGGCUCUCCUCGCCGUCCAAUCCCAAUCCAGCAGCUUCUCUCUUCCAGUAUAUAUUUUUCCAGACAUUUUUCAAGACGUGUAUAAUGUACUACACUAGAUUAGCAUACUAGAAUUUUUUUUUUCUUCCAAUAAUGUAAAAGCGUUACAUUUGCAGCUAAUUUUGCAUGUAGGAACACAAUUUCCUUAUACUUUUUACUACUUUUUCAAUAGUUCACUUUUGGUGUCGAUUUUUUUUUUAAAUAAAACAAUAGAAAUAGUUUACA